AUGGCUCUGCUGAAGGUGCACGGGCCCAUCCGGAUGCGCAGCAUGCAGACCGGGAUUACCAAGUGGAGAGAAGGGAGCUUUGAAAUCGUGGAGAAGGACAGCAAAGUCAGCCUCGUGGUUCGCUACAACGCGGGAGGAAUUCCAAAGACUUUUCAGCUAAGCCAUAACAUUAAAACUGUGACCUUACGACCAAAUGGUAAGAAGGUGUGCUGCCUGAUGCUGACCCUGAAGGAUACCAGCUUCCUGACGAUUGACAAGGUACCGCUGAAAGACGCAAAUGAAAUGCGGAUGUAUCUGGAUGCCAUCCGGCAGGACAGGGUUCAUACUGCUGGGAAACCUUCUCAGGGAUCUGGCAGCUUUGGAGGUGUGCUGGGCAGCAGGACCACACCGAAGGAAGCUAAUAGGCAAUUCUCUUAUAUUGAGAACCAGAAUACUCCCAAAAGAGCUACUACCAUGGAAAGUAAGGAGGAAACUCCGUUUCGCAAGGUGCUGCGAACCACAGCAAGGGCAUCUGUUAAGAAUUCCCCUGGCACUGGGACAGCAAGCAACAGGGUGAACAUUUCAGCAUCUCCUGCCUCAUCAGUGCCUCACAGAACAGGCUUGUUGGAGAAUCGUGAAAAGAGGAAAAGAACACCUGGUUCAGAAAUGAGUGAAGAUUAUCCCAAAGAGAAUGAUUCUUCAACGAAUAAUAAAGCCUUGAGUGAUCCAGCAUGGAAAUACCUAAAUAGUAGCAGAGAGAAACAGUUGAAUUUGAAGCAGGCAGAGGAAAAUAGAACAUCAGGUAUUUUACCACUGCAGUCAUCAUCCUUCUAUGGCAGCAGGUCCUCAUCAAAAGACUACUCCACUGGCAGUUCCACCCUGGACAGGUCUACUGUAUCGAGUCAGUCCCCUUCAGCCAAAAGAAGCCUGGGAUUUCUUUCUCAGCCUGCUCCUCUUUCUGUUAAAAAAAUGAGAUCUAAUCAAGAUUACACAGGCUGGAACAAACCCCGAGUGCCUCCUUCCACCCAUCCUCAACAACAAUUGCAAGGAUUUUCAAACUUGGGAAACACCUGCUAUAUGAAUGCCAUUCUACAAUCCUUGUUUUCAAUUCAGUCUUUUGCUAAUGAUUUACUCAAGCAGGGUAUCCCAUGGAAAAAAAUUCCGCUCAAUGCACUUAUCAGACGUUUUGCCCAUCUGCUUGCUAAAAAGGAUGUUUGCAGUCCUGAGGUUAAGAAAGAGCUGCUAAAGAAGGUGAAAAGUGCAAUUUCAGCUACUGCAGAGAGAUUUUCUGGGUACAUGCAGAAUGAUGCACAUGAGUUCUUAAGCCAGUGUCUGGAUCAGCUGAAGGAGGACAUGGAAAAGUUAAACAAAACUUGGAAGAGUGAGCCAGUUCCUAAUGAGGAUAACUCACCUGAACGGGCUUCAGAUGACCUCUCAGCCACCAAAGUUUAUACAUGUCCAGUCAUCAGUAACUUGGAGUUUGAGGUUCAGCAUUCUAUCAUUUGCAAAACGUGUGGUGAAACAGUCAUCAAACGAGAACAGUUUAAUGACCUCUCCAUUGACCUUCCUCGAAGAAAGAAAUUCCUUCCUUCUCGGUCAAUCCAGGAUUCCCUUGACCUCUUUUUUAGGGCAGAAGAGAUCGAGUAUUCCUGUGAGAAGUGCGAUGGAAAGUUUGCUGUUGUCACACACAAGUUCAACAGGCUUCCCAGGGUCCUGAUUCUCCAUCUGAAACGAUACAGCUUCAAUGUAGCAUUGUCUCUCAAUCAUAAAGUCGGGCAGCAGGUGGUUAUUCCAAGAUACUUAACCCUCCUUUCACACUGUAUGGAGAGCACUAGGCUGCCGCUGACAUUGGGCUGGAGCGUCCAUUCCACAGUAUCCCGUCCACUGAAAGCCUCCCAAAUGGUGAAUUCCUGUACUAUAAGCACUUCCAUAACUUGUAGAAAAUGCACUUUCAAGUCAAAGAGCUCUGCAGCACUCGGUGUAGAUUCUGACAGUGAUGAUGAACCCUUGAAACGCUCCAUUGCCCACAGCCAAAGGUUGUGUAACAUAGAGAGUAGAGAUCAGCAACAAAUGCAAGAAGAGCCAGAAAAGGGUUCAAAGAGAAGUAAAAUGGAGGGUGAUAAACCUGAGCUGGCUAAUGCUGGUUUUGAUGGGAUGAGCGAAGUCGAGCUGCUAGCAGCUGUCUUGGAGAUUAGCAAAAAGGAAGCUUCUCUGUCUCUGAGCCAUGAUGAAGAUAAGCCCACAAGCAGCCCAGACACUGGUUUUGGAGAUGACGAAAUUCAGGAAUUGCCAGAAAACCUGGAAUCUAUGGAAAUGGAGAAACCCAAAGCAGCAUUAGACUCAGGUCCUGCCAAUUUCACUGAGAUAACUAAAGAUUUUGAUGAGAAUAAGGAAAACAAAACUCCAGAAGGCUCCCAGGGGGAGGUUGACUGGCUGCAGCAGUACGAUAUGGAGAGAGAAAGGGAAGAACAAGAACUUCAGCAGGCAUUGGCUCAAAGCCUUCAAGAGCAAGAGGCACGAGAACAAAAAGAAGAUGAUGACCUUCAGCGAGCCACGUUAUUAAGUCUACAAGAGUUUAACAGCUCUUUCCUGGACAGCGCUGGUUCUGAUGAAGACUCUGGGAAUGAGGAUGUUCUUGACAUGAAGUAUUCAGAAGCUGAAGCAGAAGAGCUGAAAAGAAACGCUGAGACAGGAGAGCUUCCUCACUCCUAUCGUCUCAUCAGCAUCGUCAGCCAUAUCGGAAGCACGUCAUCUUCAGGUCAUUAUAUCAGUGAUGUCUAUGAUAUCAAGAAUCAGUCCUGGUUCACUUACGAUGACUUGGAAGUGUCUAGAACUCUAGAGGCCACCGUUCAGUGUGACAGAGACCGAAGCGGCUACAUCUUCUUCUACAUGCACAAGGAUAUCUUCGAUGAGUUACUAGAAACAGAAAAAAAUGCACAGCCACUUAGCAUGGAAGUAGGAAGAUCGGUUCGUCAGCCUCUGUGAAGAGUAAAACACCUUGUUCCUCCUGAGGAACAAGGAGGAUUCUGAACUUGUGCCAGACAUGCAGGACUAACAAACAGCUCAGGGCCAAAACAAGAGACAAAAGGUAGAAAU